ACAACAGUAGGGCCUCUUCGUACCGUUGGCGACGUCUGCUGAGAUAGUUUCACUGGAAAGGAAGAGCUCCAGGUGGCUUAAUGUUAAUAUUAGACUGACAGAUAAAGACAUUCAUAAAGAGGUAUUUCUCGUUACUUUACGCAAGUUCAUCAGCGCACUGUCAGGUAGUUGAAUAGAAACAGUUAUUUAUGUGCCACUUCACAUCCUGGAAGAAUGGCAGAUGACAAAGAUGUGCUGCGAGAUGUUUGGUUUGGGCGAAUACCAACCAGCUUCACUUUGUAUCAGGAUGAGAUCACAGAGAGGGAGGCAGACCCCUAUUAUUUGUUGCUGCCAAGAGUAAGUUAUUUGACGCUGGUUACGGACAAAGUGAAAAAACACUUUCAGAAGGUUAUGAAACAGGAAGAUAUGGGUGAGAUGUGGCUUGAAUAUGAAGGGACUUCAUUGAAAUGGCAUUACCCAAUCGGUUUACUGUUUGACCUCCAUGCCUCCAAUACAGCCCUGCCAUGGAACAUCACUGUGCAUUUUCAGAACUUCCCCGAGAAGGACCUCUUGCACUGCACUUCUAAUUAUGUAAUAGAAGCCCACUUCAUGUCUUGCAUUAAAGAAGCGGAUGCCUUAAAGCACAAAGGACAAGUCAUCAAUGAGAUGCAAAGGAAGGAUCACAAGCAGCUGUGGAUGGGCUUGCAGAACGACAAAUUUGACCAAUUCUGGGCUAUCAAUAGAAAGCUGAUGGAAUACUCGGUAGAAGAAGGUGGAUUCCGGUACAUUCCAUUCAGGCUAUAUCAGACGACGAGCGACCGUCCUUUCAUUCAGAAGCUGUUUCGACCAGUCACUGCAGAGGGGCAGGCACACACCCUGGGCGAUUUACUGAAGGAAAUGUUUCCUGCUGCGGUAACUCCUGAUGACGGUGAGAAGAAGUAUCAAGUGGUGAUUCAUGGGAUUGAGCCAAUGCUUGAGACGCCACUCCAGUGGCUGAGCGAACAUCUCAGCUACCCAGACAAUUUCCUCCACAUCAGUGUCAUUCCCAUGCCAACAGACUGAAGAACUGGGCUGUUCUUUAUAAAAAUAAAUAAAUUAAAAAAAGAAAAUUAAUAAGAGACUGCUUGCCACCCUCCAGAACAAACUCUUUGCCAGAACUCUCCUGCCCUCUGCUUCUUUCAAAUUCUUUCGGAAGCAAUCUGACCAAAAAAACCUCACUGCAGUAAGCCAGACAACGAGAUGAGAGAUCUCAUCACUAGAUAAAGUCAGCCUUUGCAUUGCCGCUGCCUUUCUCUGCUGUCGUCAUCAAACCUCAAUUGCGACAUCAAAGAACUUCACAGGACCCCUGCGGCUGUAUUCUGGUAAAAGAGGAGACAUAGAAGUGGAGAGAGGUGAAAAACUUUUGAGACCGGCGAGCCAGUGGAAAGAUGGUUCAUUUUGAUUUGCACCUCUGAUUAGAAAACAAGCAAAUAGGGGUAUUUCCUAAAGUGGCCACACGUUGAGCUGUAAAAACUUAGCCAGUGGAAAGACAGGUUUACACUUUCCAAGUUCUUACAGCUGCCUCUGGAAACCUGUUUUUCUCAGUAACACAUGCAAGCAAAGAUUUUUUAUUGGCGAUUCUUCUCAGAUCUUUUCUUCCUUUACAGCAAAUUACAAGAAGCCAGUAUGUGCUCCCUUAAUUAGACCAUGAAGUGUCUUCUUACUUUUCUGAACCCUGUUUAAUCUGCAACAGAUAAUUAGUGUAAUAGUUAACAGUCCAUAUUUGAGGGGAGGGGGUGGAGGUUCUGUAUAUAAAUGUUUUGGUAUAAUCGCUUGACAGAAGAGUUUAAACAUUCAUGUUUUGUUUUCACAUUUUUGUACUUCCGCCAGUUUUCUUUGUACUCCUAUUCGCUAUAGGCUGUUUAUUCCUAACAAACAGAAAAGCAACAUGUUUCAUGGUCCGUACAUUAUAUUGAUUUUACUUAUAAUACACCUACAGUCUUGAUAAAAGUGAGUGAAGUUUUGUUUUUGUUCAAUUAAAAUAUAUUGUCUGUAUUAUCUAUUCUCAGAAAUGUUGUAUUUUGACCAUACAUUUGUGUGUUAAUGUGCUCAGUGAACUUGAGUGCUGGGAUAGGUUGAGUAAGGAUUUGUGUCAUUGUAGAAUUGUUAGCUGCUUGGUAAUUCUCUGGCCAAGGUAUAUUAGGAGAAAGUGUGGUCAGAUGGGUGCCAAGUAUUUCUGUUAGGUUUUUAAUUUCACGGUUUUACCCCAUGUAUCACAUAAAGACAGCAGCAGAUGUUUCAAUACCAAUCUGAGAAUUAAUAAUACUAACAUGUAGCAUAUCUAAGUGAGUUGUGGGCUCAUUCUUGAUACUUUGGUCAUACGCUUUAACAGUAAAGUACUGUAACCACACUUUAUUGAUAUCCACUUUCUCACUGUGGUACAUAGAGAGGUGUCCCUUAUGCUGUUUGGAUUCCAUCUGAUACCUGCAUAGAUAUUAGCCAAACAGUCAGUGCUUGUGUAUUAUUUAUUUAAUUAUUUUUAUUAUAGUGCAGUAGUCCAAAAAUAUAGGCACGAAAUGUGUAAAAAUAAGUACAUUCUUCACAUUAAAUCUGAAAACUCCUGGCCUUACAGAUUAUUGCAGGUUUUGGACUUGCUCAACAGCAACACAGUGUUGAUGUUCUUAGGGGUUUGCAUCACAGUAGUACCAGCAUUGUACCUAUAAAACAGUGCUCUUUAAUUGACUGACCCCAAUAUCAAUUGUGACUUUUGAAAGAAAACAUUCGGUUGGUUUUAUUAGCGGAGAAGAUGAUUUGGAAAGUUUCCCAACAGACAAACUACUCUGUAAUCAUGCACGAAAAGCAGCUGACAAGAAUCAUUUAUUUAUAGGAAACGGUGACUAUAACUUCCUACUCUCGUCAGCGAUGUUUCAUGGACUGAUCGAGCAUUACUGAACCACUUGUCAGAAGUGUACAGGAUUUAGACAUUUCCCAACAGUAUGCAUUAGCAGAAAGCUAUUGCAUUUGUUGAAUCAUUACAUACUUCAUUUGCUUCAAAAUGUAAUCUUUUUACACAUACAUGCCACACAGUAGACAAACUCGAACACAGUCUUAACAUGCCAACCACGUCAUGUUACAAAGUUUCAGGAAGCAAGUAACUCCAUCUUUGUAUGUGUGCUAGACUCAUCGAUUAUCUUCUUCAGGCAAUAUACUCUGUACUAAUAAAUAUGUACUGUAUGUUGUCUGCCGCAUCAUUUGUGGUUUUAUUGUGACAGCACCAGUGUGGGCGCACUUUUUGUUGUUCUCUCCCCUUGAGUGUCUCUGCUAUUCCCCCUAUUCAUAGUACAAAUCAACAGAAAUCUCUGAUUUUUUUGUUCUCUCCCCUUAAAUGUCUCUGCUGUUCCCCCUAUUCAUAGUACAAAUCAACAGAAAUCUCUGCUUGUUUGCACUAUACAUUUAUACCCAGAGAUUUUUGUAUUCGAGAUUAAAUAUCUUGCAAAAUAUUAUAAAAUAUGUGAGCAGGCUGUUUAUCAUCGGUAUGCACACACAGAACAGCCCUUUAGUCCAUUAUAGAAGUCAUCUUGCAGCUUAUUCUAAAUAAAGCGAUUAGCAAAGCAUUAUGAUGGUGCAGCAAAAUAUCCAGCCCAUUGUCUCGCUGGGAAGAGACCUUCUCUCAGUAUGUAGGAUGAUGUAAAAUUCACUUCUGGUAAGGUGGACUGGAAAAUUGCAGUAUUGUGUUACAGUCAGUUUGAAACAAUAAGCGUCUUCCAGAGAGCUUGGUCCAGCCACUGUGGCUAGAGGGUGGUUCCUUGAAAACAAAUAGAGGAAGAAGAAGGGAUGACACUACAGUCUGAGACUACACAUCAAAGCAAGAGUUCUGAAACAAGUUAAUUAAAUAAAGAUUUGUCAUGGAAAAGUUCCAUUACGUGAUUCCCUUAUAAAUCAAAUGAAAGUCUGGCUCUCUGGCCCCGGAAAACAAAGCUAGAUUUGAUCUUUGUCAUGGGACACUGUUGGGAUCCCCAGGUCUUGUUUUUUAGUACAUUUUUAACCUGAAAGAGCGUUAAGGUCUCGGUGACACAGACUUUAACUCUGCAUUUUUGUAAGUAACCAAUGUUUAGCUAGGCUUUUGAAUGCAAAACUAAAUAACAUAAACAAUACUUGCAUCACCGUUUACUGAAUUUGUGUAUCGUCAUGGCGAGUUUUCAAAUAAUACAUGAAUAAAUAAAGAACUCUAAACUGUUUUACAGUCCAUGCUUCUUGCAGCUAAGGUCUUGCAUUGCCUGGUUCAAGCAUGCCUUGUGAAUAUUAACCUAUAGUCUUUGUCUUUUGAAGCAGUCCAGGGAGAUGAAUUGUGUUUACAACAAAAUAGAAGACAUGUUUUCUCUUUCCUUGAACCCAUGCUCCUAAUUCACAGCCACAUAAUUGUUGUAAAUAUUUAAUAUGAGUCUGCACAUAUGAGAUUGUGUUAAUAUGAGAAGCACAGAGGGGUUUCUGUCUAAAGAAGGGGGUUAAACUGUGUAAAACGUUUUAAGUCUGGCUUUAUUAUUUACAAUUCAUAGUGCUCCGUAGUAUUACUUGCAUACUUGUAGGCAGUGCAUCCUUGAAUCACUCAGCUUUACUGUACAACUAUGGGCAAGACUGAUAAUGUGUACUGUGUGAAUACUCUGUACGGUAACUAAUUGUAUUAAUUACAUAAUAGAAAUGUGUCUGUAAGAGGAAAUAUGAUUAUUUUA